AUGACCUCAGAGAAGAAAUCCGACGAGGAAAAAGCCUCGCCAGACCCUCCACGACCUCGAACAUCGUCCGACCUCCGCGUUACAUACGACCUUGGCAUCAACACGCAGAAUCUCUCGCCACGCGGUGCCGAGACGCGCAAACGCUCAUCUCGCUCCGACACGGACAUCUAUCGCGAACCGUUCUCACCUGUGCUUCUUCGUCGCCGCACCUCCCGCGCCGGGACAUUCAAAACCAUUGACGACUGCGAUGAGUUUGACACAUAUGGCGCGUUGCCGGGCUGGCAGCCUGGUUCUGAGCCCGGAUACGAUCCCGAACUGCCUGAUGGCGGGCACGCAUCUAUGCCUACACUCAGUGCGGAGUGUGACAUAACCGUGGUGGACUUCUCGUUGGAGCGCAUGGUGAAGCGGCAAUUUGAUAAUGAUACGUUUAUUGCGUUUCUGGAGAAGCCAAAGGAGAGCUGGGCAAAGUGUAGGUGGAUCAAUGUGAAUGGCUUGAGCUGGGAUGUUAUUCAGGCGGUGGGAACGAAGAAGGGGUUGCAUAAGCUUGCGCUGGAGGAUAUAAUGAAUGUGCGGAAUAGAACCAAGGCUGACUGGUACCCGAACCAUGCCUUCAUCAUUAUGACUCUUCAGAAGCUAGUACACAUUGUGGACGAUGACAGCAGUUCGACCUCUUCAAGCAGCAACCGAACUUACUCGACUAUCAAGCAGUGGUUCAAAAGCCUUGGCCGUAAGCCGCCAAAACAAAGUGAAAUGGACCCAGAGCAUCACAUCCGCGAUGCAAAUGGCGCCCCAAUCCUAUCAGACGGCUCAACUCUCCAAGAAACACACAUGAUGCGCUCCAUCCAGCGGUACCACGCUUCCGGAAACGAAGCCCGCACCGAAUACAUGGAGCGUCACUCGUCUCUCGCACCGUACAACAUGGCCGUCUCAGCCGAACAAGUCUCCAUCUUCCUCACCAACGACAAUACCGUGAUAUCCUUCUUCGAGACCUCCGCAGAAGACGUUGAGCGCCCAAUCGUCACCCGUCUCUCCACACCAGGCACCAUCCUCCGCGAAUCUUGCGACGCCUCCCUUCUCGUGCAAGCCAUCAUCGAUGCCAUCAUCGAUCUCGCCAUCCCCCUGACAGCGGUGUACACCGACAUCCUCGGCGACAUAGAGCUCGAUGUGCUCACGUCGCCCAGCAUCAGGCAAUGCCGCCUCCUGUACAUAUGUAUCAGCGAAAUCAACAAAAUGCUCCGCUACCUCAACCCCAUAGACAACCUCGUCAACGUCCUCCGCGACCACCGCACCUACAUGUCGCAGGAACAGGCAACCAGGGAAUUGGAAAAUCCAGCCAGCGGCGUCAUCGUCACACCACUUACCCAUACGUACCUGGGCGACGUGUUGGAUCACUGCAUCAUCAUCACAGAGGCAAUGGGCCAGCUGAAACAGAGCUCGGAGAAUCUGAUCAAUCUCAUAUUCAACACUAUUUCAGCGAACCAGAGCUCAUCGAUGCAGCAGUUGACCAUGGUGACCAUCAUUUUCUUGCCAUUGACAUUCAUCACUGGAUUUUUUGGACAAAAUUUCGCAGAGGAGGGGUUUCCGGAGAUUCAUCACGGGAUAUGGUACUUUUGGGCGUGUGCUGUCCCGACCGCCUUGGCAACCAUGAUUAUUCUCAUGCGGGAAAUGAUUUAUGCGUGGUUUGUAAAGGUUGUGCAGAGGCAGCGCAUCUUGUCGAGCCGGAAGAAGAAGAAGAGGCGGCCGAGGAGGCUGUAG